GAAGCGCUGUCCAAUAUGGCGGCUGCCUGCUGAGCGAGCGGAAGCGGAGGCCUGAGGGACUCGGGGGAAAUGGCAGCGAAGGAGCGCGGCGGGAACGCAGCCGAAGCUGGGCCGGGAGGCGACGCCGCGGAGGAGGAGAUCCUGCCCGGGUUUCGGGACGCCGAUUCCUUCGUCAAGCAUGCCCUUGGUACAGUGGUGGCUGCUACCAAGGCGUCCAGCGGCCUUCCUCAACCCGGAGAUGAAUACGACUUCUACCGCAGCUUCCCUGGCUUCCAAGCCUACUGCGAAACACAGGGGGACCGUUUGCUGCACUGCAUGAGCAGAGUGAUGCAGUACCACGGCUGCCGCAGCCACCUCAAGGACCGCAGCAGAGUCAUGGAGCUAGAAGACAAAUUCGAUCUACUGGUGGAUGCCAACGAUGCCAUCCUGGAAAGAGUGGGCAUUCUGUUGGACGAAGCAGCAGGUGUGAACAAGAACGAGCAGCCAAUCCUGCCUUCUGGCUUGCAGCCGCCCAAGACCAUCGUCUCCAGCUGGAACCGCAAGCAAAGUGGAGAAUCCAAUAAGUGGAACAGAUCAGAAACCUUUCGCUUGCUGCAUGCCAAGAACAUUGCUCGGCCACAGUUAAAGUUUCACGAGAAGGUUGACAACUCCAACACCCCCUUCAUUCCCAAGCUCUUUGUCAAACCCAACGCCCUGAAGCCGCUGCCCGAAGCGCUCUCGAGAAGCCAACGCAAGCGGAAGGAGCGCCCCGAGGACUUGGACGUGCCGGCUGCUCUGGCCGACUUCCUCCAUCAGCAGAGGACUCAGCAGACGGAGCAAGAUAUGCUUGCUCACCCUUACCAGUACGAACUGGAGCAUUUUUCCCCUGCAGUGGACCUUCUGGAGAAGCCACAAGUCCAGCUGCACAGGCCUGUCUUGGAAACCCCGUGCCACUUCGUCUCCACCAACUUCCUGGACCAGUGCUUGGUCCUUUCAUUCCUGUGUCCCCGCUUCCAGCACCAUUCAUACCGGAGCUUUCUGGGCUUGACGUGCCUGAUGCAGAUCUCCACUCGGACGGAAGAUUUCAUCGUCGACACCCUGGAGCUGCGUAGUGACUUGUACAUCUUGAAUGAAACCUUCACAGACCCCGCGAUUGUCAAGGUCCUGCAUGGCGCCGACUCGGAUGUGGAAUGGCUCCAGCGGGACUUCGGCCUCUACCUGGUGAACAUGUUCGACACCCACCAAGCGGCUCGGCUCCUCAACCUGGGCAGGCACUCUCUGGACCACCUGCUCAAGUUCUACUGUGACGUGGAUGCAAACAAGCAGUACCAGCUGGCUGAUUGGAGGAUCCGUCCUUUGCCAGAGGAGAUGAUCCAUUACGCCCGCGACGACACCCACUACCUUCUCUAUAUCUAUGACCGAAUGAGAGAGGACCUCUGGGAGAAAGGCUACGGGCAGCCCACUCUGAUACAGUCCGUGUGGCAACGGAGCAAGGCCAUCUGCUUGAAGAAAUAUCUCAAGCCCACCUUCACGGAUGAGUCGUACCGCGAACUCUACCGCAAGCAGAAGAAACUCCUCAACAGCCAGCAGCUGGCAGCCUUCCGGCUCCUCUUUGCCUGGCGGGACAAGAUGGCACGCCAAGAAGACGAGAGCACCGGGUACAUACUGCCGAACCACAUGCUGCUGAAGAUCUCGGAGGAGCUGCCCAAAGAGCCCCAGGGCAUCAUCGCCUGCUGUAACCCGGUCCCGCCACUCGUCCGUCAGCAGCUCAACGAAAUGCAUCUCUUAAUCCAGCAGGCGCGAGAGAUGCCGCUGCUGAAGUCUGAAACUGAGGUUGCCGUGAAAAAGAAAGGACCUCUCCCCAACCCAGAGAAACUGGAGAAUCGCUUGUUCGGGCCACACGACAGGUCGCGUAUUCGUCAGGAUGAGAAGGGGAACCAGUCGGAACUCGAGCCCGGACUGGCCCUAGAACACGGCAGCCUCUUUUCUGAAAUGCCAGAGGGAGCGGACAGGAGAGGGGAGUGCUCCCCCUUGCCGUACGUCCUCUGCACAGCCAGCAUCAGUAUUUUCAAUGAGUCUGAAGCAGACGAGGAGGAGGACAGGAACUUAACUGUGGCCCAGCAGAAAGCCCGGCGCAUCAUGGAGUCCUUCGAAAAUCCAUUUCGGAUGUAUCUGCCAGCAGAGGAGAACCCGGCUCACGUCUCCCAGGCGGCAAAGUCCGAUCCCUCAUCAAAAGUCUACGAGAUCAGCAAUCGGUGGAAGCUGCUGAGCCAAACACAGCUGCAGGCAGCAUCCAAGAAAGAGCCUGCAAAGAAAUCGCAACAACAGCAGCAGCAAACAGCAACACGGGAAGCGGCUGAGAAGGAGGUCCGAGAAAAAGCCUCCAACACACCCUCCGUGCGCCAGCUUGUCUCUCAAGAACAGGCCGGCAAAAAGAGGGAGCGAGUGGCCAGCGAGCCAGGGACAGACACACCCAAGCAAGAGAAGAAGAAGCCUAAAGCCUCCCAGAAGCCCGAAGCGGCAGUCGCAACCACGGCGUUCACCCCCUUUGACUACAGCAAGUCUGACCUCAAAGUCUUUGCUGGGGCCAGUAAGUCGAAGGCCUCCACGCCAUUUGAUCCCGCCAAGCAAGCCCAAACCAACAAGAAAUUUUCAGGAGCUGGCAAAGUUCCGCAGCCAGCUGGAACGAAAAGCAUGUCCUACCUCGCUGGGAAAUCCAACCGGGGCUUCAGGCAUAACUGGCCCAAAAGAUGAAGUUGUUGAAGUACACCACUGGAAGGAACCAGAAGAUCCACCUUGUGAACCGUGGACCACCAAGAGGCCACGAGGUCUCUGGCAGCUGUUGCUGAUUUUAUACAGAUACUUGUUUUUUUAACAAAACAAAAAAAACCACACACAUACAAUUAAACUGCCAUUUUUUCCCCUGAAA